UCCCACCACACUCAUCUGUUUGUAGCGAAAGGUACUGUACAUACCUACAUACUUGCUUCACAGUUGUAGCUCUGUACCUGACACUUACAUUGGAUGGCAUAUCAACUGUGGUCUUAUCGCAAAUCCUCGUAUCUCUUCCUUUUCCCUUUUGUCUUCCUUGUUUUUGGUUAUUUUGGAAGCCACUGUCCUCUACAACAUCCGCCAGGGGUGCUGUCAUUACCUGUAGCGUAUCCGUCUUCUCAAAUUAGGACCUUCAGUGUACACACCGGUACCCGCUACAACGGUACGCAUGCAGGAGAUGUGCUGGCGGUGCUGGGAUGGACCCAGCAUGAUACGUUAGAAAAGCAGGCCAUGGUGGGGUUGAAAGGUGGGGGUAAACUGAAGUGGCAUUUGCGAAUUCCCAUAUCUGAAUGGUAUCAUUUUGCGGCGGCACUUCCCCAGUCACCACCAGCCUUGAGUUUUGAAGCUGAUUCGAUAGAUACUGAACACAUGUAUACACGUAUACUGUAUGUCCAUACGAGAGGUCCAAUGUAGUGUAGAUAGGCUUGUGUAAUGGGUAAGCUGUGCCAAUGCACUCUCUCAAGCGGGAAGGACAAAGUAAACUUCUCGAGCGGGGAUAAUCAUUACAUGCCAAGGCGGAAGCACUCCGU